GGACCUUACUGCACCAGGGGUACGUUGUCGCUAUGGACAUGACACUCAAGGCGGAACGUGCUCUGACUUUUGAGACCGGGGGGCGGCUUGGCCGAUCGUUCAUCGGAGGUACAAACUUUUAUGACGCAGACCACGCUGGUCUCCAAACCGGCGAACAGCUGUGGCUGGCGCUCAAGAACAUGGAGCUGGCAUAUGGCGAGGGGCGACUCCACUAUCUCUACGCCAUCUGUCCGCCGAGGCGCUACUUGACCUUUGUACGACUGGCAAGAUCAAUUUCUCUCUCGACAAAUCGCUCUUCGACAUUGACUUCCCAGGAGACUACGUGCGCCGCCUCAAGUGGUAGUCGCAGUCUCCGUGCUGUGCAUCGUCGGCACCUACACCAGUAUCAACGAUACGCUUAUCAUGAAGAGUCACGCGUACCGGAUCAACGACAAGCCUGACCAGAAUCUUCGUCGACACGUGGCGGGUUGGUACGCUGGUGCCAAUUUCCGCGAUUGCGAUCAGCGCUGGGCAGAGGGACACUGGGGUAUUCGGAUUAGACUUCCACGGCAGCGACCUACAACCGUUUGAGGGGCCCGGUGCCGUCAGCGAAUGG